GUUCGCAUGCUGGGCUGGACAGAACACCACAACGAGUAUCUAGAUAGCUAACGUUACGAGGAUUGGGCGUAGUCCAAAGACACCUAAAUUGGGCUUCAUCACAUUUUGAGGAGAAGGUGUCUACAACCUAACACGUUUUGAUAGCCAAACGGCGAGAUAAAUUGCUCAUAAUGGCCUCGGAAGAGCUUUAUGAGGUUGAGAAAAUUGUGGACAAACGGAAGAACAAGAAGGGAAAGAUGGAGUACCUGGUCCGCUGGAGGGGGUACGGAUACGAGGGGGACACCUGGGAACCCGAGUCGCACCUCUCCGCCUGCAUGGAGUUCAUUCACCAUUUUAAUCAGUCACACGGCGAAAGACCGAGAGACGGCAGUUUACUGCGCUCCACUCAAAGCUCUCCCAGCAUGGCCCACAGCCACAGUUCGAGCAACAACGCCCGCAAACAGAUCUGCAGGCCUCAGCCACUCUGCGGCAAUAGUGGAGCAGGAAGCCAUGCUCUAGUGAAACCCGCCUCUUCGCCCACCACAGCCGUCUCCAAACGGCCGCAGCAACCGCAGUUGCCACCACUUGACUCUAGCCUGGCAAAUUCCAAAACGGACACGCAGCUUAUCUUGAGCCAGAAGUACAGUGAUUUCACUACCUCUGCCAUUUCUAGUCCAAGCUUUACAAGUGGGCCCGCUGCUUCUCCAGUGGGCACGGCGCGUCGGAGUAUGGACCUGGCCAAGUCCGGGAUCAAAAUCCUGGUUCCCAAAAGCCCCAUGAGCAGCUGGGUGGACUCUGAAGAGUCGCCCAGCGAGGCUGCCCACAGUCUGGAUCAGGGGGGUCAGGAGCAGGACUCUGUGCCCCCAGAGGUGGCCCUGUUGGAAAAGCCUCUGGGGUUGCUGCUGGGGCCCGGGGAAGAAAGGGCACGCAUGGGGACUCGGCCCAGGACUCAAAGCCAAGUCCCAUUGAUCCCUCAGCAAGUCCCCGUAACACCCGCAUCCAUACGCACCCUCAAUGGGAAAGGUACAUCGACACUCAUGGAGGCUUUGGCAGCCAACGGGACGGCUAACCUGCAGAGUGCCGUGGCGCGAGUAACCGCUGUCUCCGGAGUGGCGGGGAAACGGCGCUUCGAAGAGCAGCGCUCGGUCUUCGACAAGCGCCUUCGGUUCAGCGUACGGCAGACGGAGAGUGCCUAUCGCUACAGGGACCUCGUCGUCAAGAAGCAGGACGGUUUCACCCACAUCCUGCUCUCCACCAAGACCUCGGAGAACAACUCGCUCAACCCCAACGUGAUGAAGGAGAUACAGAGUGCCAUGGCCACAGCGGCAUCAGACGACAGUAAGCUGGUCCUACUGAGCGCCGUAGGUAGCUUCUUUUGCUUCGGCCUGGACUUCAUCUACUUCAUCAGGCGGCUCACCGACGACCGUAAGAAAGAGAGCAUCAAGAUGGCCGAGACCAUUAGGACAUUCGUGAACACUUUCAUCCAAUUCAAGAAGCCUAUCAUCGUAGCCGUGAACGGACCGGCCGUGGGCCUCGGAGCCUCCAUCCUCCCGCUGUGUGACGUGGUCUGGGCCAACGAGAGAGCCUGGUUCCAGACGCCUUACACCACCUACGGACAGACACCCGACGCCUGCGCCUCCAUCACCUUCCCUCGCAUCAUGGGCGUGGCCUCGGCCAAUGAGAUGCUGCUGAGUGGGAGGAAGCUGACGGCCCAGGAGGCCUGUGCUAAAGGGCUUGUCUCCCAGGUGCUGUGGCCCGGGACUUUCACUCAGGAGGUGAUGGUUCGCAUUAGGGAGCUAGUCUCUUGUAAUUCAGUUGUCCUGCGGGAGUCCAAAGCACUGGUCCGAAACGCAAACCGGGCCGCCCUGGAGCAGGCCAACGAACGCGAGUGCGAGGCGCUGAAGAGAGUUUGGGGCUCCUCGCAGGGGAUGGACUCCAUCCUCCAAUACCUGCAGAAGAAGAUAGAUGAGUUUUAAGGAAAGCAUGUAUCCCCCAUGUUCCCAAGCCCCAUUCAGUGGCGGAACCAGACAAAGAGCACUGGGAGUGCAACAGGUUCAAUCUGCAAUCUGUGUGAUCUAUUGUAUGUGUGUGUGCCCAUUGAGAUGUUGCUGCUGGACCUUUAAAUCUUCCUAGCAUCCUGGUGACCAUGUGUUGACCCUUUACCCAAUAACCCCCGGCCUUUGACCCUUUACCCCAGUGGUUCCCAACCCUGGUCCUCCAGUACCCCCAACAAUACACAUGUUUAUUGUAACCUUGGACAAGCACACUUGAUUCAACUUGUAAACGAAUCAUCAAGCCCUCAAUGAGUUGAAUGAGGUAUGUUUGUC